UGCCCCCAGAUAUAGGCUCCAAGAAAAGAUUCGGCUUUUUGUGCCUAAACCCUUAAGGCUCUUCAUGGCUCACAUCCAAGUCCUCGCUGGGAGGCCCCCCCUUGCCUUGCUCUUAGUAAGGACCCUCUGGAAGUCGGUGCCCCAAAGGGGGGCACCUGCUGGGAAGAUUCAGCCGAGUUCCGGGGCUGGGAAACGCGGCUGUACCGGGUUAUGCAAGAAGCCGGGAAGGGCGGGAGCUGGCCGGGGGUGCAAGCGCUGAUCUCUCCCGGCACAGGCCCGGGGGGCCCAGCCUCCUGCCGUGCGCGCGGUGGGGCUGAGCCCGGGCGGGUGCCAGGAGAGAAGGCGCGUGGAAUUCCAGCUGCAAACAGCUGGAGCCGGCAGGCAGGGAUGCUGCGGGCGCCGGCGGGCAGGGUGAGCCCUCCCCCUCGCUCGGUUUCACUGAGGAAGGUGAAAUGCGGAAGUUUCCACGGAGCACUGACAGCCCAGCCCGGGUGUCUUGAGCCCCGGGCAUGAGCUGCGCUCCCCGGGCCCACGCCGCCAGCCGCAGAGCCCAGGGGCGCGGGCAGGGAUGGCCACGUUGCCCGCGCCGGACAGGAGGGCGUUCGCCCUGAAAAUCAACAGGCAUUCAUCAGCAGAAAUAAGGAAGCAAUUUACCGGUACUGUAGUGCCAAGCUUUGGACAGUUCUGUAAACGAAGUAUAAGUACUCCUGGCUUUUUUUCUCUCCAGCUACCUCAGUUUUAUGACGCCGUGGAUCCAGUGGAUUUUGAAGGUUUCCUGAUGACACAGCUGAACCACUUAGACUCUGAUCUUGUGCACGAACUUGGUGACUUUCCUGAAGAUGAUUUGGAAACUGUCUUUACUCCAAAAGAAUGCAGGACUUUGCAGCCAUCCUUGCCAGAGGAAGGAGUUGAACUGGAUCCUCAUGUCAGAGAUUGCAUUCAGACAUAUAUUCGGGAGUGGCUGGUUGUGAAUCGAAAAAACCAAGGAAAUUCAGAUACUUCCAGCUUUAUAAGUAAGAGAUCCCUAACGGAUUUUCAUAAGACUCUUCAAAAACAAACAUUUCAGUCGGAAACACUGGACAACAAUGAUGCACACUAUCAGGCAAGCCUCAGACACUUAAGUGGACUCUGUGAUAUCUCAUCAAGAAGCACUCUUACUUCAUCUGAGUUCGAUCUACGAAGCCUGCAGCCUGACCGUCGACUCGAAAAUCUGCUAAAACAUGUUAGUGCAGAGGACUUUGAAAGGCAAAACGAAGAAGCCCGGAGAACCAACAGACAUCCAGAGCUCUUUGCCCUUUAUCCAACAGUGGACGAGGAAGAUGCUGCAGCUGUACGGCCAGUUCCAGACUGCCCAAAGGAACAUCUGGGAAAUAGGAUCUUGGUGAAGUUGCAGACUCUGAAGUUUGAUAUAGAAAUAGAACCAUUGUUUGCAUGCAUAGCUCUCUAUGAUAUAAAGGAAAGGAAAAAGAUCUCUGAAAAUUUUCAUUGUGACCUGAACUCAGAACAAUUCAAAGGAUUCUUGCGAUCUCACACACUCACCAUUGAGCUAUCUAGUCAGGCAAGAUCUGCAGUAUUUUCUGUUACUUAUCCUUCUUCUGAUAUCUACUUAGUGGUAAAGGUUGAAAAAGUCCUUCAGCAAGGAGAAAUUGGAGAGUGUGCAGAACCCUACAUGGUACUAAAAGAAAGUGAGGGAGGAAAGAGCAAAGAAAAAAUUGAAAAACUGAAAACCCAAGCUGAGUCCUUUUGCCAACGUUUGGGGAAAUACCGGAUGCCUUUUGCCUGGGUUCCCAUAAGCUUAGCCAAUUUCUUUAACAUUUCAACACUUGAAAGAGAAAUAACCGAGGCAGAAAAUAUGAAUGGGAAAAGCUCCACUAGUGACAGAAGAACAAUGGUGCAACACACCAGAAAGCUUUCUGACAGAAGCCUUACCUUAGAGGACAGUUGCACAGCAUCAAACUUCAAAACAACAACCAUGACAAUCAACACCUUUUUCAAACAGGAAGGAGAUCGACUUAGUGAUGAAGAUCUAUUCAAAUUUUUAGCUGAUUAUAAAAGAUCUUCCUCUUUGCAGAGAAGAGUUAAGUCUAUACCAGGACUGCUUAAAUUGGAGAUCUCUCCAGCUUCAGAAGUCCUCAACUGUUGUCUCACCCCUGAAUUACUGCCAGUGAAACCAUUUCCUGAAAACCGUAACCGUCCUCAGAAAGAGAUUCUGGAAUUCCCCAUUCGAGAAGUCUAUGUUCCCCACACCAUCUAUAGAAAUCUCCUCUAUGUUUAUCCACAGCGGUUGAAUUUUGCUAACCGAGUGGCCUCUGCAAGAAACAUUGCCAUUAAGAUUCAGUUCAUGUCUGGGGAAGAUCCUGCCUGUGCAAUGCCGAUCAUUUUUGGGAAGUCUUCAGGCCCAGAAUUUGUGCAAGAGAUGUCCACAGCUGUCACAUAUCAUAACAAGUCUCCUGACUUCUAUGAAGAAGUGAAAAUUAAACUGCCAGCUAAGCUCACAGAAAAACACCACCUACUGUUCACAUUCUAUCAUAUCAGUUGUCAGCCAAAGCAAGGCUCCUGUGUAGAGAACCUUUUGGGAUACUCAUGGCUGCCAAUUCUGUUAAAUGAUCGUCUGCAAACUGGACACUAUUGUCUUCCUGUUGCCUUAGAUAAACUGCCUUUAAACUAUUCAAUGCACUCUCCAGAGAAAGUUCCACCACAGUCACCGCCAAUUAAAUGGGCUGAAGGACACAAGGGAGUGUUUAAUGUUGAAGUGCAGGCUGUUUCUUCUGUUCACACCCAGGACAACCACCUAGAGAAAUUCUUCACUCUGUGUCAUUCCCUGGAAAGUCAAGUCACCUUCCCAAUUCGAGUGAUGGAGCAGAAGAUCACAGAGGCUACACUGGAACACGAGUUGAAACUCAGCAUUAUCUGCUUGAAUUCCUCUCGCCUUGAGCCCCUCAUCUUGUUUUUACACUUGAUCCUGGACAAACUCUUCCAGCUGGCUGUACAACCUAUGGUCAUAGCUGGCCAGGCAGCCAACUUCUCCCAGUUUGCCUUUGAGUCGGUGGUUGCAAUAGUAAACAGUCUUCACAACAGUAAAGACCUUAGCAAGGAUCAGCAUGGGAGGAACUGUCUCCUGGCAUCCUAUGUCUACUAUGUGUUUCGUCUUCCAGAGCCUCAGAGAGAUGUAGUCAAACUAGGUACAGCAGGCAGUGCCAAUAUGCCAGAGUCUCGUUAUUACACAUUUGGACGCACCAGUGCUAUGUCUGUUGGGUCCAGGCUUAUGCAGAGCCGGGUAAUGAGCUGCAGCAAUCCAGAUAUUGCUGGUACCCCAACAGCUACUGAUGAAGAAGUCAAAAACAUCAUGUCUUCAAAGGUUGUGGAUCGUGGCAGCAGUCGGAUGUCCUACUAUAUUGAACCACCUGCUGAUAUACCAAAUGCCUGCACAAGCCCAAGACCAUCCAGUAAAAAGCAUUUUCAUGAAGAGUUAGCACUGCAGAUGGUGGUCAGCACUGGCAUGGUGAGGGAGUCUGUCUUCAAGUAUGCCUGGUUCUUCUUUGAGCUCCUGGUAAAGAGUAUGGCUCAGUAUGUUCACAAUAUAGGGAAACAAGACAUUCCACGAAGAAGUCGAUUCUCAGAUCGUUUCAAAGAUGACAUCACCACUAUAGUUAAUGUGGUCACUUCAGAGAUUGCAGCACUUCUAGUUAAACCACAGAAGGAAACCGAGCAAGCAGAAAAGAUCAACAUUAGUCUUGCGUUUUUCUUGUAUGAUCUUCUUUCCCUAAUGGACCGUGGGUUCGUGUUUAACCUCAUCAAACAUUACUGUAAUCAGCUGUCAAACAAGUUGAAUACACUCUCCACCCUAAUUUCCAUGAGGUUGGAGUUUCUGCGAGUUCUUUGCAGCCAUGAACAUUACCUCAAUCUGAAUCUCUUCUUCAUGACUUCAGUAUCUACCCCAACAUCUCCCUCACCCUCGUUAUCAUCACAGAAUUCAAGCUCCUGCUCUAGUUUCCAGGAUCAGAAAAUUGCCAGUAUGUUUGACCUUUCAGCAGAUUUUCGUCAGCAGCACUUUCUGACUGGACUGCUCUUCACUGAAUUGGCAGCUGCCCUGGACACAGAGACAGAGGGAAUUGGUAAGGUGCAGAAGAAAGCUAUCAGUGCUAUCCAUAGCUUGCUGAGUUCCCAUGAUUUAGACCUGCGCUGCUCCAAAAAAGAGGUGAAGGUCAAAAUUGCUGCUCUUUACCUCCCUUUGGUUGGGAUCAUUUUGGAUGCACUCCCACAGCUCUAUGACUUCACAGUUUCAGAUGCUCGUGGUGGGAAAGGUCGUUCAGGGAAUCCAGAUGAAGAUCAAGAAUCUACAAUCAAUCAGUCUGUUGCCUUGGCCAUUGCUGGGAAUCAGUUUAGCCUCCUCAGGACUUCCGGUGUAUCUCUGUCUUCACUGCCUUACAAACAGUACAGCAUGUUGAGUCCUGAUGCCACUCGCAACCUUCUGAUCUGUUUCCUCUGGAUCAUGAAGAAUGCUGAUCAGAACCUCAUUCAGAAAUGGAUUGCAGACCUUCCAUCCAUGCAGCUGAACAGGAUUUUAGAUCUCCUCUUCAUUUGUGUCUCAUGCUUUGAAUACAAGGGCAAACAAAGCUCAGAUAAAGUUAGCACUCAAGUGCUCCAGAAAUCAAAAGAUGCAAAAGCCCGGCUAGAAGAGGCUUUACUGAGAGGAGAAGGGGCCAGAGGUGAAAUGAUGAAACGCUGCAGGACACCGGCUGGGAAUGACAGAUUGGCAGGGCUAAAUGAAAACCUGCGAUGGAGAAAAGAGCAGACUCACUGGCGGCAGGCAAACGAAAGGCAAGAUAAAACAAAAGCUGAGCUUGAUCAAGAAGCUCUGAUCAGUGGAAAUCUGGCUACAGAAGCUAAUUUGAUCAUCUUAGAUAUGCAAGAGAACAUCAUCCAGGCGAGUUCUGCUGUGGACUGCAGAGAGAACCUUUUGGGAGGAGUGCUGAAGGUCCUGGUAAACUCUCUCAGCUGCGAUCAGAGCACCACUUACCUAACACAUUGCUUCGCUACACUCAGAGCACUCAUUGCCAAGUUUGGAGAUUUCCUGUUCGAAGAGGAAGUGGAACAAUGUGCCGACCUGUGCCAACGACUUCUGCAUCACUGCAGCAGCAGCAUAGAGGUCACUCGUACUCAAGCCUGUGCAACACUUUACCUCCUGAUGAGAUACAGUUUCAGCUCUGCUAACAACUUUGCAAGAGUAAAGAUGCAAGUGACCAUGUCUCUGGCUUCUCUGGUUGGCAAGUCAUCUGACUUCAAUGAGGAAUACCUCAGGAGAUCCUUACGAACCAUCCUGGCGUAUGCAGAGGAAGAUGCAGACAUGCAGUCAACUCUGUUUCCAGCCCAGGUAGAGGAGCUGCUAUGUAAUUUGAACAGCAUCUUAUCAGAUACAGUAAAAAUGAGGGAGUUCCAGGAAGACCCAGAAAUGCUCAUGGAUCUCAUGUACAGAAUUGCUAAAGGGUAUCAGACUUCCCCUGAUUUGAGAUUGACCUGGCUACAGAACAUGGCAGAAAAACACACCAAGAAGAAGUGCUACACGGAGGCUGCUAUGUGCCUGGUCCAUGCUGCAGCUCUGGUUGCCGAAUACCUGAGCAUGCUGGAGGAUCGCAAGUACCUGCCAGUGGGUAGUGUCAGCUUUCAGAAUAUUUCCUCCAAUGUGCUGGAGGAGUCUGCCAUUUCAGAUGAUAUUUUGUCCCCUGAUGAAGAUGGGAUAUGCUCUGGGAGGUAUUUCUCAGAGAGCGGCUUAGUGGGACUGUUGGAACAAGCUGCAGAGCUGUUUAGCACGGGGGGAUUGUAUGAAACCGUGAACGAGGUCUACAAAAUUGUCAUCCCCAUCUUGGAAGCGCAUCGAGACUUCAGGAAGCUCACCUCUACUCACAGCAAACUGCAGAGAGCCUUUGACAGUAUUAUAAACAAGGGCCAAAAGCGAAUGUUUGGAACUUACUUCCGCGUUGGUUUCUAUGGAUCCAAAUUUGGGGACUUGGAUGAACAGGAAUUUGUUUAUAAGGAGCCUGCAAUUACCAAACUUCCUGAGAUUUCUCACAGACUGGAGGGAUUUUAUGGUCAGUGCUUUGGGGAGGAUGCGGUUGAAGUGAUUAAAGACUCUGCUCCUGUAGACAAAAGGAAGCUGGAUCCCAAUAAGGCUUACAUACAAAUCACAUUUGUGGAGCCUUAUUUUGAUGAAUAUGAGAUGAAAGACAGGAUAACUUACUUUGAGAAGAACUUCAACCUCCGGCGGUUCAUGUACACCACACCUUUCACCCCAGAUGGCCGCCCCCGUGGUGACCUGAGCGAGCAGUUCAAGAGGAAUACCAUCCUGACCACAAUGCAUGCUUUCCCCUACAUUAAAACUAGGAUCAAUGUCAUUCAAAAGGAAGAGUUUAUUUUAACCCCAAUUGAAGUUGCUAUUGAAGACAUGCAGAAGAAAACACUGGAACUAGCUGUUGCAACCAACCAGGAGCCACCAGAUGCUAAAAUGCUGCAGAUGGUGCUGCAGGGUUCUGUUGGAGCGACUGUCAAUCAGGGACCACUAGAGGUAGCUCAAGUGUUCCUGGCUGAAAUACCAGCAGACCCAAAACUUUAUCGACAUCACAACAAGCUGAGGUUGUGCUUCAAAGAAUUUAUAAGGAGAUGUGGUGAAGCAGUGGAGAAAAACAGACGCCUUAUUACAGCAGACCAGCGGGAGUACCAGCAAGAACUCAAAAAGAAUUAUAACAAGCUGAAAGAGAACCUUAGGCCAAUGAUUGAGAGGAAAAUCCCAGAGCUGUAUAAACCUAUAGUGAAAGUCCACAGUAAAACAAGGGACUCUUUUCAUAACUCUAGCUUUAGGAAAUAUGAAACUUCCCCUUCACAGAACAGCUAAGGACUGUCAGCUUCAGAAGAGGGAGUUCCAGGUUGCACAGAACCUGGAGGCUACUCAAAUGCUGUGCAAACCUGGAAGUUCUUCUCAUAGUACAGCAUGCACACAAUCUGGGCAGACUGCACUCAAAGCUAAGAAACUAGAUAUACAGGACAAACAGGAAUGCAACUCAUAGCACAUGCCUCUGUCUCUCCUAUGGGAGUGGGAGGAAGAGGAGCUGGACUUAGGCUGUUUCUAUAUUUAAUGUUUCUGUAUUUAAGUGUUCAGGGCACUGAGAUGCCAUUGAAUAAUGGACUUGUAUGUACAGAAGGUGAUAAUCACUUUUAAGAGACUCAGAACUUUUUAUCGUUUUAACUGUUAUUUUGUAAGAACCAGCCCAAUAUACCUGACAGAAUGUUACACAUACAUACCCCUAUUCAGGAUACCACUUCAGCAUGGUUUCAGGGGGCUGGAGUGUAUUCUAGCAGUUAUGCACGUGCUCAUAUAAGGAUAAACUUAAGCAUGUGCAUAAGUGCUUUACAGAACUAGAACCCUGGGAAAGACCUGUAAACUUAAAGCAGGCUUUCCUUGCUUGUGUUCCUCAGUUACAGCAAAUUAUGAAAAUGCUAAAAGAACAGGGGCUGCUUUCCUUUCAAGUCUUCCUAGCUGAAACUUUAAAAGGCAAAAAGUAACAGUCAUGAAUUUCUGCCUAAUUCGCCUACCUACAGAAA